GUAGAAAAUAAAAUUUGAAAUUCUCUUUUUUUCAUACAAUAAUUCUAGUUUUGUUUCUGUAUCCAAAGAAAACAAAUCUAUUUAGAAAGAGUGAUACAAUUCCGACAUUUUCAACCCCAUUGCAUUGCACCUAACUUACUCCGCCCAAACAACCAUGCCAGAUUCUCUUAACGUUGCCGUAAUUGGAGCCGGCAUCUCCGGGCUGGUCACUGCCCGUGAGCUUCUCAGAGAGAACCACCGAGUCAGUGUCUUUGAAAAAUCAAGCAAAGUCGGUGGAACCUGGGUCUACGACCCCCAGUUUGAGUCAGACAACAAUAAUGUUCAUCACCUCGACCCAAACCGAUCCAUUGUUCACAGCAGCAUCUACUCAUCUCUGCGUACAAAUCUGCCACGCCCACUAAUGAGCUUCUCGGAUUUCUCCUUCGAAGACAAAACAUACGGUGAUCCCAGGUUGUUCCCUGGCCAUCAAGAGGUUUUAAUGUUUGUUCAGGAUUUUGCUGACAAAUUUGGAGUUACUGGGGUUAUUCGGUUUAGCUCGGAAGUUAUCCGAGUUGAGCCAAAGGAUAACGGAUAUGCGGUGGAGUGGCAAAUGAUUGAGGUUGGUUCGGUUGAGGAAGAGCUGUUUGAUGCGGUGGUUGUUUGUAAUGGUCACCAUACCGAACCUCGACUUGCCAAUGAUAUUCCUGGUAUUAAGAAAUGGUCCGGGAAACAAGUUCAUAGCCACAACUAUCGUGUUCCUGAACCUUAUCGAGAUCAAAUAGUGGUUGUGAUUGGUAGCGGGCCUAGUGCGCUUGAUAUAUCUCGAGAAAUAGCAACAGUUGCCAAAGAGGUUCAUCUUUCGUCAAGAUCUUCAAACGUCAAGGUCUCGAUGUGGGAUGGUUACACAAAUAUGUGGCAGCAUCAAAAGAUAUAUCAAGUUAUUGAUGAUGGAACGGUGGUGUUCCAAGAUGAAGAUUCUGUUCAAGCGGAUGCUAUCUUACAUUGCACUGGGUAUAAGUUCCAUUUUCCCUUUCUAAGAACAAACAACAUGGUACAUGUUGACGACAAUCGUGUUGGGCCUCUAUACAAACAUGUGUUCUCUCCUCAACUCGCUCCCCGACUCUCUUUUGUUGGAAUAACCUAUAAUCAAGGGGUUCUAUUUCAAUUAUUUGAGUUGCAAUCAAAGUGGGUUGCACUCGUGUUGUCUGCGAAGAUAUUGUUGCCACCACGAGACGAGAUGCUGGCUGAUGUUGAUAAAUACUACCACGAAAUGAUGGAAAAUGGGAUCCCCAUGCACUACACUCAUUCACUAAGUUUCCAGUUUGGAUAUGUAGACUGGUUAGCUUCUCAAGUAGGAUUGAGAGUGGAAGAUCGACUUAAGAAGAUCUGUAGGAACCUUAUUGAGCAUUUCAUUGCUGAUCCUAAUGGGUUCAGAGAAACAUUUGUGUUAUGAUUAAGUCAACAUUAACUUCUGACAUACUUAUCGGUAAGCCAAUAUAUAUUGGAGGCAAACAAUGUAUACAAUUCAUUGCACCAACUAAGUGGCCGAUUUAAAUGUACUUGUUAAUCGUUUGAUUUAUAUGGAGAUUGUGAAAUUUAUACUGAA